AUGCACGAGGUUGAUUUGACUCCUUCAUUCAAACCGGAAAACUCGGCUGAAAACAUGGAAAGGAAGCCGAUAUUAAACCGGGAAACAGAUUCGUACUUCACGGUUAGCGUAUCAUAUUACAAUGUCAUAGUUAGACUCAAAAGUUGUCACUCUAACAGGAAGACACCCAAAACUAUUCCUGAAACGACUAAACGGUACUCCUCGACCAGGUCUUCUACGACUACAACAUUUAAACAACCAAUAUCCACAAGAAAAACUGAAAGAACUUCAUCUCCCAAAUUUACAGGGCCAAAACCAAAUAAACCAAAUAAUCCAAAUAAACCAAAUAAUCCAAAUAAACCAAAUAAUCCAAAUAAACCAAAUAAUCCAAAUAAUUCAAAUAAUAUAUCAGAGUGUGCUUCUCCUAAUCUAAACGAUUUUAAAGUGGUUGGCGGGUUAAGGGCACCUGCCAAUUCUAUUCCGUGGCAAGUCGUAUUGAUAAAUAUGAAUGUCCUAAUAUGUGGCGGAUCCAUAAUCGAGGCGAACGUCAUCCUUACAGCAGCGCAUUGCUUGAGAAAUUUUCUCAAACGUGACCUUCAAACAGUCACGAUAGUGGCUGGCAUAUCCUCUCUGGAAUUAAAUCACGUGAGUCAGGUGCAUAAACAGGUCCGCGGAAUAGUCAAAUAUAUACCACACAAGAAUUUUAGCGAUUACGGCCAUGGAUUUGACAACGAUAUAGCGUUGAUCAUCUUGAACUCCAGUUUUGUUCUAAACAAGCACGUGAACAAAAUUUGCUUACCCGGAAAUAGCUUUGGAAGAUCUUCCGAUCAAUGCUUGCUUUCAGGUUGGGGCGAUACUCGAGAUAAGGGAAAUCAAGGUCAUUUCAAUUAUGUGCAUCUGCCUAUAAUCAAAACCGAGAUCUGUAAUUCGACCAAUGUCAUGAACGAAACGUUAACCAAAAAUAUGCUGUGCGCUGGUUUCCUCGAGGGAGGCAAAGAUGCUUGCCAGGGAGAUAGCGGUGGCCCAUUAGCCUGCCAGUUUCAGAAGACUUGGUAUCUUCGUGGCAUAGUGAGCUGGGGCAUAUCAUGUGCGAAGGCAAACAAGCCUGGAAUAUACACCAAUGUGAAUAGAUAUCUCAAUUGGAUAAGUAGAAGAAUCGGAAACAAUAUGUGAUUUAAUGUUAUCAU